GGGAUACAGUUGCAUUCACAGAUAUCUGGUUACACCAGAUGGACAAUUCGACAUCACCAUAAAGCGUUAAUAAAUUCUGUGAAGAAAAUGUAAAUGCAGUGUCAGAGUUUAUUUCUGAGCAUCCCCUUAAAUAGCCAGGAUUGUCAGCUAAAGUUUGCUUUCAUUUUGUCAUCUAAUAACGGCAGCAGAUUUUGGACCAACUAAAUUCCCAGUUUGAUGACAGAAUUUCCCGUCAAUUUUACGACAAAUAUACAUCAACUUCUUUCGUUCAGGCUCAGUUUGCUUGAGGAGGGGAGACGAGACCUUUAUAUCCUCCAUACUUCAAAAGUUUUCUAUUUAACUACAAUGUGAGUUGUGAGUACAAAAUACAGUGCAAACCGACAGAAAGUUGGCCGCUUUUAAAUCUCGUUCUUUAAAUACUAGUACUUUGCCGCCCGAUACCAACAGUAGAUUUUGGUUUCGAACAAGUUGAGUUUUCAAAUUGACGACAAUCUCCAGCCCAAGUGGAGGGAGGAAUUUUAUAAAUACAGAAAUAAAUAAAAUUAAUUCAUAACCUCAAAAGCUGAAAACACGUGGGUAUAAAUGUUAUUAAAAAUAUGUCUAAUAACUCUACAAAUGGAAUUAAUAAGCAAAAAUGGGAAAAUUUAGGGGUUACUCUAAGUAAUAGAGUUUUAAAAACUUUAAAGUUACUUAAGUUUCACCAUCCAACUCCAAUUCAAGCAGCAUGUAUCCCUAUUUUAUUAAAUGGAAAAGAUGUAGCAGCAGAAGCUGUUACUGGAAGUGGAAAAACACUAGCAUUUCUUAUACCAUUGAUAGAAAUUCUUCAGAAAAGAAGUGAUGAAUGGAAAGCAACAGAGAUCGGUGGCAUAAUUAUUUCACCAACAAGAGAAUUGGCUACUCAAAUAAGUGAAGUAUUGAACCUAUUUUUGAAAGACAUUCCAAAAUUAAAGCAAGUAUUAUUAGUUGGUGGUACUACAGUUAAAGAAGAUGCAAUAAAGUUAAAACAAGGUGCAAAUAUUAUUAUUGCUACACCAGGAAGAUUAGAAGAUAUUUUUUCAAAUUGCAAAGAUGUUAAUUUAGGAAAAGCAGUCAAAUCAUUGGAAUUAUUAGUAUUAGAUGAAGCUGAUAGACUUUUAGAUCUUGGAUUUUCGGCAACAUUAAAUACAAUUUUAAGUCAAUUACCACGUUUACGAAGAACUGGAUUAUUUUCUGCAACACAAACAAAAGAAUUACAACAAUUAAUACGAGCAGGCUUAAGAAAUCCAACAAUAGUUGCAGUUAAAGAGAAAUCUAGUGUUUCUACACCAAUAUCACUAAAUAACUAUUAUGCUAUCGUUGAACCUGAUCAUAAAAUUGCAACUUUAGUUAAUUUUAUAAAAUCAAAGGGCACUGAUUUAAAAUAUAUGAUAUUUUUUUCUACGUGUGCAUGUGUAGAUUAUUUCAGCCAUGUAUUAAAAUUUAUGUUUCCUGGCAAAAUGAUAUUUUCUUUGCAUGGAAAAAUAAAAGAUCGAAGAAACAGUAUAUUUGAAGAAUUUCGUAACAUUGAAGCUGGUAUACUUAUAUGUACUGAUGUAAUGGCCCGAGGAAUUGAUAUUCCAGAAGUGGAUUGGGUUUUACAGUACGACCCACCAUCUACUGCAAGUAACUUUGUACAUCGUUGCGGUAGAACUGCGCGAAUUGGUCAUCAAGGCAAUGCAUUACUUUUCCUUUUACCAACCGAAGAUGCUUACAUUGAAUUUAUCAAACGAAAUCAAAAAGUUGAAUUAGAUAAAUUGGAAUUAAAUACUCCUGCAGAGCUUAUUCAAAAAUGUUUAGAUUCUAUGAGGAAUUCACAGCUUGAUGAUAGGCUUUUAUUUGAUAAGGGCAAUUGUGCUUUCGUAUCAUAUAUACAAUCAUAUAGUAAACAUGAAUGUAAUUUAAUUUUAAGAUUGAAAGAUUUAGAUCUUGGUUUGAUAGCAAUGGGCUUUGGUCUUUUACGAAUGCCACGUAUGCCAGAAGUUAAAAAUCGUGACACAUCAUCUUUUAUAGAAAUGAAUAUUGAUAUUAAUUCAAUCGGAUAUAAAGACAAACAAAGAGAAGAAAAACGAUUGGAGAAUCUUAAUAUUUAUCGUAAAACAGGAAUUUGGCCUAGCAAGGAUAAACGAAGGAUGAAAAAUACAGAACCUUGGUCUGAAACAAAAAAAAAAAAAGUGGAAAGACAAGAUAAACGUAUAACUAAAAAAGAUAAAAAAAGUAAACGAAACGAAACUAAUGGAUCCGCUAAAUCGAUAAAGAAAAAAAGAAAAGGACCUUCACAAGAGGAUUUAGAUGAAUUAUCUAAGGAUAUUGCAUUGAUAAAAAAAUUGAAGAGAAAAAAGAUAUCAGAUGAAGAUUUUAAUGAAGCUUUUGGAGUAUAAUAUGUACAUAAUUAAGUAUUUAUUUAUUACUUAUUCCUAUUAAUAUACAAAUUUAAAAUAAUAAAAUUUUAAUUACAAUCGAAAAGUAAUGGGAGAUUUUUUAAACAUAGAUUAUAAGUAAUUAAUUAAAUUUCAUUAGUUUUCUAAAGUCAAAAAAAUUUCUAAAAGGUUUCGAACUCUACUAAAGCGGAAAAUCUUUGCGAGCCACUAAAUUUAUUAUAAACUAGCCGUCAUCCGCAGCUCCGCCUGCGUACAUUAUGUGAUAUUUAUAUUGUUGUUAAAAAUUUCGAUGAAACUUCCUUCAUAGUUGAUUUUCGAAAAAAUAACAAUAAUGGUAGAUACUUAUAAAUGUAAGGAAAUUUUUUUACGAAGUUUAAGCUUGGAUCUUAAACUUAAAAAACGGGAUUGUUUUCAUUUGUGACUCUGCCGCAACACCUUCGGAGUUAAUUUUCGGAAAAACAGCAGUAAUGGAGGGUGCUUGUUAGUGUAAAGAACAUUUGUUUCCUAGUUUAAGUCUCACUGUCUGAUAGUUAAAAAAAAAAGAGCCAUCCGGUCAUACCGGGAAUGGAAAAGUUUUAUACUUCUUAUUUCAAUUAAUUUAAAAAUUUCAUUUUUUGGAAGAUUUUAUUAAGAAAUCUGCGUACUAUAUUUCUUACAAUAUCAUUUGAACAAUCAUUAAUGAGUGUUCAUUUCUUUUUUUAAUAUUUUCAAUUUAUCAAAGCAACGAUGUCAACGGGGAAAAUUCUCGUGUAAAAUUACAUUUUUAUCUUUUAAAAUUUGUAAAAAGUACCGUAUAGACUUAAUUGCGAUCUUACAAAAUUGAUUAUUAUACCUCUGAAGCGCCAUAAAAAAUAAACUAAUUAGUCGAAAAUAAAGUUAUAAUACUGUUAAUUAAUGCUUAUUUUAUAAAGUAUAACAUGAAUUUUUUUUUUUUUUUUUUAAUUUUCAA